AUGCCUCUCUACUCUGUUACUGUAAAAUGGGGAAAGGAGAAAUUUGAAGGUGUAGAAUUGAAUACUGAUGAACCUCCAAUGGUGUUCAAGGCUCAGCUUUUUGCAUUAACUGGAGUCCAGCCAGCCAGACAGAAAGUUAUGGUGAAAGGAGGAACAUUAAAGGAUGAUGACUGGGGAAACAUCAAAAUAAAGAAUGGGAUGAAUCUACUAAUGAUGGGCUCUGCAGAUGCUCUUCCUGAGGAACCCUCAGCUAAAACUGUCUUUGUGGAAGACAUGACAGAAGAACAGUUAGCAUCUGCCAUGGAAUUACCAUGUGGAUUGACAAAUCUUGGUAACACUUGUUACAUGAAUGCUACAGUUCAAUGUAUCCGUUCCGUGCCUGAACUCAAAGAUGCCCUUAAAAGGUAUGCAGGUGCCUUGAGAGCUUCAGGGGAAAUGGCUUCAGCACAGUAUAUUACUGCAGCCCUUAGAGAUUUGUUUGAUUCCAUGGAUAAAACUUCUUCUAGUAUUCCACCCAUUAUUCUACUCCAGUUUUUGCAUAUGGCUUUCCCACAAUUUGCAGAGAAAGGCGAACAAGGACAAUAUCUUCAACAGGAUGCUAAUGAAUGUUGGAUACAAAUGAUGCGAGUAUUGCAACAGAAAUUGGAAGCCUUAGAGGAUGAUUCUGUUAAAGAGACAGAUUCAUCUGCACCAGAAGUGACACCUUCUAAAAAGAAAAGUUUAAUUGAUCAGUUCUUCGGUGUUGAGUUUGAAACUACCAUGAAAUGUACAGAAUCUGAAGAAGAAGAAGUCACUAAGGGAAAGGAAAAUCAGCUUCAGCUUAGCUGUUUUAUCAAUCAAGAAGUCAAGUAUCUUUUUACAGGACUAAAACUGCGACUUCAGGAAGAAAUCACCAAACAGUCUCCUACAUUGCAAAGAAAUGCUUUGUACAUCAAAUCUUCCAAGAUCAGCCGGCUACCUGCUUACUUGACUAUUCAGAUGGUCCGUUUUUUUUAUAAAGAGAAGGAAUCUGUGAAUGCCAAAGUUCUUAAGGAUGUUAAAUUUCCUCUUAUGUUGGAUGUGUAUGAACUAUGUACAUCAGAACUUCAGGAGAAAAUGGUUUCUUUUCGAUCAAAAUUCAAGGAUCUAGAAGAUAAAAAAGUGAAUCAGCAACCUAAGAUUAGUGACCAAAAACAUAGUCCCCAGAAAGAAAUUAAGUAUGAACCUUUUUCUUUUGCUGAUGAUAUUGGUUCGAAUAACUGUGGAUACUAUGACUUACAAGCAGUGCUAACUCAUCAAGGAAGGUCUAGUUCUUCAGGUCAUUAUGUAUCAUGGGUGAAAAGGAAACAAGAUGAAUGGAUUAAGUUUGAUGAUGAUAAAGUCAGCAUUGUUACACCAGAAGAUAUCUUGCGACUUUCUGGUGGUGGAGACUGGCAUAUAGCUUAUGUUCUACUUUAUGGGCCUCGCAGAGUUGAAAUAAUGGAAGAGGAAAGUGAUCAGUAAUCUUCAUUUUAGCUAUUUAUGCUUAGGUGUGAAAUAAAUGUUCAUCGAUCAUUUCUAUAAUCCAGAGCUUUGGACGAUGCUAAUUCGAUGGUUUUAUGUGUUUUCCCUCAUGUGGAACAAAAGAGAGUGAAAGAAGUCUUAAAAACCACUCUGUGUAUUAUUGUAAAAAAUUACAGAAAAGAGAAAUUAUCUUUGGAUUGUGCUGCCUUGUGUAAGGUGGCAGGAAGACAUUUUAAAAAGGCAUAUUUCUUACACACUUAAAAAAAAUUCUGAGGUGAAAUGCCAUUACCAUUUGUGCUAAUUUUUCUCCCUGCCUUUUGCAGCCCAAGAUUUCAGCUAUCAGAUGUUUAUUGCACACCUUUAACUCUUAUCAUAUUGUUGUCUUUGCAUGGUUCAGAUUGCCAUUUGGUAGCUGCCCAUCCUUUGCCUUAUGUAACAAAAAUUUUGCCAGGAAGGUGGAAAGGAAAAGUGUUGCUCUCAUUGUGUAACUCAGUGCUGCUGUCCGUAUCCCACGGAAACAUGGGUACAAUCAAGUAUUUGUCCAGCCCUCAGUGUGUUCUGUUGCUGGCUUUUCAUGACUUUUAAAUAAAUUGUGAUCAGUAAUAGUACAUCUGAUUAUACAUUUAUUGUUGUGUCUCUCUGAUGUACUAUGGUUUGUACAUUUAACUUUGCAAUGAUUUUGUAGUAAUCAACGUUGGAAAAAAUGUUGACAAGCUCUGGUUGCUUAUUUUUAGAAAGGAUCUUUAAUUAAAAAAAAAGGGGGGUGGGGCUGGGAGCAACAGGUUUUGACCUCAAGUCUGUUGAGUGUUAGAGCUUGACUGAAGUUUCAGAUGUUUAAAUUCUGUCCAAUUCUUGCAGAUGUUAUUUUACUCUGCUGUU